CAAAAAUUAAACUUAGAAUACGGCUUGGAUGAGAUUUGCGGGUUGUUUUCCUACACGUGGAUGCCCUUUGAAAUCGAUUAUUUUCCUAUGAGGCAAAUUCUCUUGGUCGUGCAAAUGUUUGGGGCUCACCAAUUCUACAUGAUCGCGGGAAUGUGCGCUUGGUUUGUUUUCGAGACUUUUCAACAUUUCAGAAUAAGGAUUCGGCAUGUAAAUUUUCUUUUUCAAGAAGCUAUAAAGGAGGAAGAUCCUCAGAGGUGCAGGGAGAAGUUCCACCACGCUGCCAGAUAUCACGCGUUGUUGCUUGGCUUGGGAGACAGAAUGAACGGAGCCUUUGGAAUUUUUAUGUUUACACAUAUGGCUAUCACAGCGCCGAUUAUAGGGAUUGGUGUAUUCGCAAUUGUAUCUGGAGGCUCUGUUAGUUCAUUUCUGCUAUGUUUGGGAUGGUUUGAUGGACUGGCAAUGGUCUGCUUUGCUGGACAGUGGUUACAAGACGAGUGCAUUGCUGUAGGUAUUGAUCUAUAUGACGCUGAUUGGCUUCACUGUCCCGAGGACAUAAAAAAGGAUAUGAUGGUAGUAAUUCAGAGAAGCUGGACACCAAUAUGUUUAAGAGCUUCUUCGUUUGGAAUAAUGGACUAUAGAAUGUUUCUUGGGGUAAAAAUAUACCUUACAGAUUGA